UCAGUCCAUGCGCGAACUUUUAGCCGCACACAUCUCCCAUAAAAAUUGUACCUACUGAAAAGUUGUAUUUACUUCAGUGCAAUAUUAUACUGAAAGGAUAUUAUUUUGUAUAUCGGAUUAAUAAGAGAAAUAAAAAAUCACAAUGUCUGAAAGCAAGACUCUGGAAGCUGGCCAGCAACUAGUGAAAAAGACUAUGGAUGAAGUAAUUCAACAACGACAAACAACUGAAAGAAUAUCUAUUCAAGCAAGACAAGAGUUUCGUGAACAUUAUCAAGAAAGUUAUGAAGAAGAAUUUCAAGAGGAAACCUUUAUUGACGAAUAUGGCAACGAAACUACAAAGAGAGUAGAGUCCAGUAGCGAGAGCAAAGAACAUUCUAAAAGUGCUGACGUAAGAGUAAAAGCGUCAGGGCUAAAUGCAGAGCAAGUAAAAGCUCUAACAGACUGCGCAAACCAAGCAGGACAACUGGCACUGGACUCGAAGGCUGCUAAUUGAACCAUGUUCCUUAAGCACGCGGGUUGUGGUUUCCCGAAAAGUGAUAAAGACUGUGUCCAGUGUUCCUUAUUUUAUGUUCAUCAUUUAAUAUAUAAGU